CAAAUCAUUCAUCGCCCAAGUGUACUGUCCUAAUUUGGUCUCAAUAUUAGCAACACAAUAACAGAAAUUGCCGUGUAUAGGAAAGUAGCAGUGAAUUGGAAAUAAACGGUUUUCAUCAAAAGUGAGUCACCAAGAUCUAAUUACCAUGAAUUGGGUGCAGUCGUUGCCCAUUUUGUUUGCAAUGCAGGGUAUAUUAUGUGACUAUGGCUGUAUUUGCAACUAUCGUGUGGAGCUAACGGUCUAUUCUGGGAUGACGACCUCCAGCUCCACACUUGGAUCUAUGUUCGAAUUUGAUUGCAAGCCGCUUGGACCGGAAAUCGACGACAAAGGAUGGAAAAUUAUUCAGUUUGAGCAUGAGCUAGGUUACGUACAGAUAGAUCCGGAUGUCCAGAUACAGACCUGCCAGGGUGAAAUACCACCAGGCGAUGUCGUAGUAACAUCACAAACGUCAUCAAAACCAGUAACACACACUGAAACAACAACGGCACCUAUAGAAAAAACAUCGAUUGCGCCUUCUACACCAACGCCAACAACAACAGCAACAACAACAACUGCAUCGACAGCCGCCUCUCAACCAUCAUCAGUUGUAACUACGAUAAUGUUACAAUCAUCCUCUGCUGUUCCAACGACAACUAUUUCACUUCAGCCGGUUGUAGGAGUGGAGUACGGCUGUAAAGCGAAACAUUUGCACCACGCCAUUGUACACUACGGGCAACUAUUCACAAUUGACCAGACUUGUUACGAGCUGGUUCACACUCAAAAGACUUGGACGAAUGCAGAACAUGACUGCCAUCACCGGGGCGGACACUUGGUACACAUUGAAAACGAAGAACAGCAAAACAAAAUAUACGACGUGGUGAACCAGUACCAUAGGCAUGCCGUGUGGAUUGGCCUCAAUGAUCGACAGCUGGAGGAACAUUUCCAAUGGACCUCAGGUGAUGCUCUAAAUUACACCCACUGGUUCCCUGGCAGAAAGAGCCCAAAACCCGACUCCAGUCACCCUGAGGACUGUGUGGCGAUAAAGUUGGGCGCUCAUAGUGGGCAAUGGGAGGAUAUAAACUGCCAAUUCCAACAUGGAUAUGUUUGCGAAUACGAUGCAACACUUCAAACUCCCUCAUCAACUCCAGCACCAAAUGUUGCCGUUAACAGCGAUGGCAACAUACGUUUAUGUUCCCGACGAUUGAACCAAUAUGCCCAUCAGCACCAUACGACUGUUGGUGAAUUCGGAAAGAGCUGCUACGAACUACUUCACCAGAGAAUUACAUUCAGCCAAGCUGAAGUUAUGUGUAAAAAAGCCAGCGGACAUCUAGUGCAUAUAAAUGAUGCAGCAGAGCAGCAGUACGUGCAGUCGUUCUUACAUCGCCAUAGUCCCCACACAGCCAUCUGGACAGGAUUCAACGACCGCCACUCUGAGGGCCACUUCCACUGGACCGCGGGUGACCCAGUCUCAUACACCAACUGGCUGACCAACAACACUCACCACAACAGACUGGAUUGUGUCAUUCUUGAUCCAACACAGGGCGGGAAAUGGCACGAUGUCAGUUGUAGCUCUAGCAGCUUACACCAAGGAUUCUGCGAAUUCCCCACUGCUGCAGCUCAAGUAGCCUCGGUUCUUGUUGGGUAAUCUACUGUAGUAACAGUUAAACCCACAACUGUUUCUCAAUUUUUGUGGUAAACUGUACGAUUACAUAAAAUCAAAAUACUU